CCCCGCUCAGCCCAUCACGUCUGUCUGUCUGUCUAUCUGUCGAAUCACUUCUUCCUGGGCUUCUUGGCCUGCUUCGGCUUGGCCGCCGGGCCCCUCGCCUUGCGCUUGCCCUGAGCAACACGACCCGCCUUCUUGGCACCGGCAGAUGGGGGAGGCACUGGGGCAGUGGGUCUCGCAGCAGCAGCAGUUUUGGCGGCAGAAGAUUGGGCGGGCCUCUUGGCGGGAGGGGCGGCAACACGGAUGGUCGGCGGGGGCUUGGCGAUGGGCGGGGGCUUGCUGGCUUUGUUGAGGGAGGGAUUCAUGGCUGCCGUCAAGUCGAUGUUAUCGGCCCCAAGCGGUUGGAAGUGGUCGUGCGUGUCUCGGUCGCCAUAGUCCUCCGCCACCUGCAUGUCUCGCAGGGCCGGUCCCGUGAUGAAGGCGGCAGCUGCCUUGGCGGGAGAGGGGCCAGGCGCAGAGGGGACGGGAGGGGCUGGGGGCUGGAUGUCGAUGUUGGUCACGAUGUGUGCCCUAUGCAGAGAGACAGAGGCGGUGGAUGCACGCGUGUGGCAAUACUUGUAUGUGGCUGGCCUCACUCUUCGGAUGAGGCGUAGAAACGGAUGUUGCUCGUGGCGCGCAGGAAGCUUGAUGCGAUGCUCUUGCUGUGACCUGAGACAAGACACGAACGACGUGACCGGUACGUCCUUGAGCCGGCAGCAAGUUGCGUACUCUUGGAAGCAGCAGGCAGAGGCGCCCACAGCUCGCGCCACACACAACUGACGGGCACACAAGAGAGACGCACACACCACAUUCACCCAUGACGAAUGCAUCAGUCAUUGUGUUGAUGUCUCACACACCCACCCGAUUGGGUAUGAGAGGAUGAGUGAGCCGAACGACACGGUCAUGAAGCGAGUCAUGGCGCUCGAGGGGAGAUGGUAGCCGUGCACCAAAUGCCAAUACCUCUCGUACCCGCCCUUGUCCUGCAACCUGCACAAGGCCAUGCACAGGUGACACAGGCAGAAGUGAAGGUCUUUCCCGUGCAGAGGGUGGGUGUGGUCUGUACUCGAUGGUUGGCUUGGGCACCACCCCCUCGUCGUGUAUCUCCUCGAGCGUGCCCCCCGUCACCCUCGGCAGCACAUACACCGUCGCACUCGUCUGAACGGCGCUCUUCGUCUGAUGUAAAGGGAUAAAGGGACACAUCAAAGGCUAUGACAGUCAGCCGCCGUGCAGUCUUACGAGUUGAGCAGCUGGAUAGAUCUUGCGCACAGAGGGGGUCACGCUCAUGGCAGCAGAGCAUCGGCCGUCGUCUGGAUUGACCGACACAUCCUCAAUCUGCACCGAAACGCACGCCGAGUUGACCGCUGGCAGAAGGCUGUUGCUGCACACACAACCACACAACCACAAAGGCCUUUCUUCAGCGUUGCUGGACACAUGAGUGUGGGCGGGUUGUGUUUCUCACCUCUCAGACAUGAAUGAGGUCUCAAGAAACGUCAAUGAAGUGGGGUCCUGCUCCACACGAAUCUGACACAAAAGACACAAAACGCAGCCAGACCACUUUCGCUCCAUCGUCCCCACCACUCACCCAGGAGCUCUUGGCGAGGUGCAUCUGCAGCUGGAAGGCCACGAACUGCCGGAUGCUCCAGCUGCUCUCGAUGGCCGCAGACAGUGUGGUGUCGUCCUGUGCGCGCCGGGCUGUCAGGGCCUUCUCACUUGCGAUGUCUUGCUGUGAAAAGAAGGAGGGACAAUGGAUGAAUCAGUGCAAGCAACGCAUCUUGCUUUCGUCUUGCUCACGAGUUUUGUCACGAGUUUGUCGGUGUCCUUCUGGCUGCGUCGGCUGAGCAGCACCACACAGUCAGGCCGCUCAGGGAAGCACAUCGACUCCUCCUUGCCCUUAGAGGAAUUGUAGCGACGGGCAAGCUGAAAUUAAUGCGUGCACCACACACAACACGAUGGAUAUGUGCGAUGCUCCCCCCCAAACGGACUGCAGUCCGUGUGCACACCUGUGCAGCGUCGCACGCCACGAGAUUGUGAGCGGGCUCCUCCAUCUCAUCCCGCUCCAGACUCAACACACACACGCGCACGGCAGCCAUGUUGCAGAGGGAGAAUGACAACACACCGCUGAAACUCGCCAGAACUGACAGACAAACAGAGAAGGCUUCUGUCUGGCAGCCGGCUGAGAGACCUCCCGUCACGUGUACCUGAUGAUUUGUCGCGUUUCUUGGCGUCAUUGUCGUCAAAUCACCAUGCCGCUGCCGCCUUCUCAAAUGCGUCGCUUCGUGCCGGCACCCUGACUCUGUCGGGAUCGGGAUGGACCGGUUUGAACACUGGUCUGAUGAGUGCCUUGGGCUGAGGAGGGGGUGCAGCGUUCUUGGGCUGCGAUGGCUGUGCCUGCGGAUCGGCCCGGCCUUUGCCUUUGCCCCCCUUCGUCUUCCUC